UUCAUUCGUUACCUUGUGCUACACUUUACUGAACGUACACAUUGUAAAUCUCCAAAGAGCAAACAUAAUUAUAUUAAAGCGAUAUUGAAAUUUAAAUUUGAAAAUGUUUAUGUACGGAACAUUUCUUGCUUUAGUUAUUGGUGUGGCGAGCGCGCAGGAGCCGAAAUGUGUAGCAGGCAAAUACCAGAUCGUACCAAAACUGGACUGCACAGGAUAUUACCUAUGUGUAUAUGGCCGACCAGUCGAGAUGCCGGAUUGCCCUGCCGGUUCAUCGUUUAGCACGUCGGCGCACGUGUGUGUUCCUAAAGGCAGUGUCUAUGAUGAUUGUAAACUAAAUGUCAUGCCAACAGUUCCUGAUAUCGGUCCAAUGACAGUAGCAGAGCAGUGUCAGCUGAAAGGCGGAUUAAUUCCACACCCAGACGAGUGUCAAGCCUACUACAACUGCAGUGUGUGGUACGAUCCCAUCCCCAGAUAUUACGAGCAAUACAUGCAGGAGUGUCCUUAUCCCCAACUGUUCAGCUCAGAAACCGGCAAGUGCGAACACUUCGAGAACGUUAAAUGUGGCGAACGAAAAGUCUUUAAAAACGGGUGCGACUACAGACGAAAUCGGUGUCCAGUUGCCCACUGUGUACCAUGCAGUAUUAGGUUCCCAAGCUGCGAAGGAAAACCCGACGGAAUUCACGCCCAUGAAGUUAAAUUGUGGAGCCCAUACUUCGUAGAUUGCUACAAAGAACGCACAAUUUCCGAGAGAAUUUGCAAACCAGACGACAAUGGUCGAACGCAGCUUUUCCACCCGGAACGCAACGAGUGCGUUUCCCUGGACAAAAUUCCACGUGCUCACGGUGGAAUGAUGCCAGACUGUGCUAAUUUAGCUGACGGGUUCUACCUUGACGAAUUUGGACGUUGUGACCGAUACACAGUCUGCAAAGACGGGAAAUUCUUGAAUCACGUAAUGUGUCAACAAGGCGAGACAUUUGACGCAUUCAAAGACGUGUGCAUGCCCGCAGACAAAACAUGCGGUCCAUGUGGGAACAGAUCCGACUGUUAACACAAUCUAGGGACAUGUCGACGUUCGAAGGCAACUAAGCAAAUGGGCGACGUCACUUUUUGCGAUGAAGAUCGUUACGAAUUCAUCAUAGCAGGGCCAUACAACCCUGAUCAUGGACACUUGCUUGUCAGACGAUUAUCUGUGAUAUUUUUGUCAUUAUUUAUUAGUAUUCUUUCAUCUUCAUCAUACUUAUACUUUCGUAUUUGUGCGUUGCCCUCUAAAUUGUUCAUGUUUUGUUGCAGAUCUGUUUAAUAACCUUCUUAAGUGUUUUUUUUUUCAAAGAAAUACCAUUUCAUAUUUCAGUUUUAUCGCUUUUUUUGUUAAAUAAGCGCCUGUUUUUUAUCAUCUUGAUUUUAAACAUUUUUUUUUUAUAUCAUCUUGAUUUUAAACAUUUUCUUUGAAAGUUUUAUUAAAAUGUUGCAGGUUGCACAUCAUUCUAUAUAUCUUUGGAGGAAGCUAUCUAUAUAAAUUUAUAUAAUAUGAGCUUUUUGAAUCAUUUUAAUUCUCACAGAAAAAUCCGACCUUGUAAAAUUUUGACCCAUGAAUAUUCGUUUUUUUAUUAACUUUUCUUAACAUAACAAGAGUUUUAUUUCUUUAAUUGUGUCAGUUUACAUUUAAUCCCUUUUUUAAAGAUAAAUUCAAAACUACUUGGUGUAUUUUUGAGAAUCCCAAACGUUCCUUAUAUCAGUCUUUGGAUUCUACCGAUUCUGGUGGAGUAAUAUCAACAUUUAAGAUCUAUUUUAUCAUUACAAAUGACAUCUUACUAGAUGAGAACAUGUGAAAUUUGUAGAAAUAAUGAAAACUGAACAGUAUAUGUAUUGUAAUGAAAUCCAAAUUAUAUCCCGCAAUAAAGUCCUAUAUAUACAA